AUGCCGAAUUUACCAACACCUAAUAAUCGCACGAAAAAUUUAAUAGCUUUAGGCGGAGCUAUUUUAACCUUUUUGACCUUUCAACCGACCAUGCAUUUCGUGAUAAGUGGUGCUCUUGCUUUUGGUGCUUAUAAAAUUGUAAAAGGAACUUUAAAUUAUAUUUGGCCACCCGUACGAUCUAUACGACCCAUACAUCCAUUAUAUCCACAAAUGAGCCAAAUAGAAAAUACAUUUUGGAAGUAUAUGUCUUCAUCCAUUCGUGGAAUUACUAGUGAAAUUAAACGUUCCCGAGAAGUAAUUGAUGAAAUAUAUUCAUCUUCAAUUAGUAAAAUUCAAGUAGCUUACAAUAACGAAAGUGAAAUUCGAUUUUUAUUUGGUGAUUAUGAUUCUUCAACGAUUAGAUUUUCUGAUCCUCAAACUGUUAUUUCAAAAACUUUGGCAGUUUCAGAUUCUCGUGGAAAUUAUCAAAAAAUGCAUGGUGUCACAAUUGAAUAUAUUGCAACUGGAAUGAAUGGUGAAAGUGCAUUUGUCAAAGCUACUGGAUAUUUGAAUAAUAACGAUGAAGUGAUGUUUAAGGAAAUUAGUUUACUUUGGCCACGUACUGGACGAGAAAUUAACAUUCCUUUACAAGAUACAAAUAAUUUCGAAGAUAAUAAGUAUGGGCCAAAUGUAAUGGAAGCUGAAUAUCGUGAUAUUAAAGAGUAA